UGGAUUUUUUGUUUGUUUGUGGGGUUUUUUUGGUGUUUUGUUUUUUAUUUUUAAAGCUGCUUGCAAGUAUUACUAAAAAGCUGAAAUACCACCAAGUUUGUUGCUUCUGAAGGCUAUGCCAGUCUGGUUUCAGGGAAGCUUUAAAUUUGUGGUUCUGCCAAAAGAAGCAGUUCUGCCCAGCUGCUAUUUCAAUUUCCCUGUGUUGGCCCAAGUGUUUGUGGGCUGUGUAAUGAACCAUAUAAAAAAAAAAAAAAAAGUUGUAUUGAAAAUGAUCCAGUAUGUGGGUGCGGAAAUACUUAGACUGGCAUAGGAGAGAUCAUCAGGAAUGUGAGGAAACGCCAGAGAGGAGAGAUGGGACUGUUUCUUUAAACUAGCAGAGCCACCUUAUUCUGUGGACCUGCAGCAGCUUCCUUUGUAAAAUCCAGAUUUUUUAACAUGGUAGUGAAGUGGUUGAGAGCCAGGCGUCUCCUUUCAAUUAUUUAGGGUGGAAAGCGAAGGAAAAAGAAGCUUGAGUGGAAAAGGAGCGUGUGGAUUAGAGCUCUGGUGUUUCAGGCGCAGACCAUGUUCCUAGCACUCUUAACAAUGCUGGUGUGAUGACACCUGGUGUCACAUUGCCGAUGCACACCUUUGGCCGAGUGUGGGUCUCUUCUGAGAGAGCAACAAAUGGUGCUUAGGAGCUCGUUUUCCCUGCCCUUUACUGUGCCCUUACUAUACCUGGUGUAGCCACUCCAGCCUGGCCGUGAGCAGAAGAGGCUGUGGGUGCUUUCGUUUGUUGCAGUGAAUGAACCAGGAUGUUGUAGCUAUGGUGCUCUGAGGAAAUGAUACUUUUUCUGUGAAGGUGUGCAGCAUCUAGGAGCUGACUGUUACAGACAGGUGUUUUCCUGCAUACUCCUGGUACUACCACAGUUCUUUUCUAAAUGAGCUUUAAUAAAGGUUAAUAAAAUUUUAGAUUCUUACAUAUUAUGAGAAUAUUUACAACGACCAAAAAAACCUCAGCUAUGUAGUCUUUUCACUUCUGUUCCUGAGUGUUGUUUGGAUAAAGUGAGUCUUGCAUGUCAAGCUUUUCUACCUAUUACAAUUAAAUGGAAACAAAAAGUGCAAAUGUUAAAUGUUUAUUCAGCAGUUAAGGUUUUUUAUUCAAAGUUUGUUUUUAUUUAUUUUUUUAAUUCUAUCCAUACUCUUCUUAAAAGACUUAAGUGGGAAAAGACAGCAGAUACAUUUUAGCUGCCAGGGUUGGAUGUGGUAUAGCUAAUGUGUUGUUGAAAAACAGAAGGGUGGCUACUUUUCACCUUUCCCAGAUGCUAGAAAAUAUUUCUAAGACUGCAGAACUGACUACCAGAGUUUGAGUUGUGGUAAUUUACGAACUUGUCUUCUACUUAGAGGUUUUAAAAUUUGGGUAACUGUCUUGUUCUGUAUCCCCAGGAUCUAAAGACUUGUCUAAAUUAGGAUUUGGGAUUUCAGCUAACACCAGUUUAAGUCAGAAAUAUAGAUUAUUUAAGUAUUAAUUUAAAAUCUCAGCCUGAACUUGAAGUUUGUAUUGCUUUUUCUGUACUAGACUUCUGAAUGCCUUCGUUACCGUUUACUGGCUAAUACCAUCUCGCCUUUUGUCUAGACAAAAUCUGAAAUGGUCCGAUACACUACUGUGCUCCUUCGGAGACUCAUGCUUGCUGAUGAUGAGAAGUAAAAACUUAAUCUUAAUAAGGCAUAUAUUUUGUAGAAAUUGGAAAUAUCUUGGUCACUACUAGUGAAUGGGAUCAGUAUUGCUGAAAGCACAGCAUUUUGAAAUCAUUUCUUCAUUGACACCAACUAACAGUUUGAGCUGGGCAAUUUCAAAAGAAAAUGAUAAUGGGUCAAAGUUUUUAUUAAUUAAAUUGGGGAUUUUUAGCCACUGAUCCGAAAAGAAAAGGAAAAGGAGUAGAUCUACUGGCAGAAAUGGGUCGAUCUAAUUCUAGAUCACAUUCGUCAAGAUCGAAGUCCAGAUCUCAAUCCAGCUCUAGGUCAAGAUCCAGAUCACAUUCAAGAAAAAAGAGAUACAGUUCUAGGUCUCGGUCAAGGACGUAUUCCCGAUCUCGGAGCAGAGAUCGUGUUUAUUCUAGAGAUUAUCGCAGAGAUUACAGAAACAAUAGAGGAAUGAGACGUCCCUAUGGUUACAGAGGAAGAGGUAGAGGAUAUUAUCAAGGAGGAGGUGGUAGAUACCAUCGUGGAGGUUAUAGGCCUGUGUGGAACCGAAGACACUCCAGAAGCCCUAGGCGUGGCCGCUCACGUUCCAGAAGUCCAAAACGAAGGUCUGUGUCUUCCCAGAGGUCCCGGAGCAGGUCUCGUCGAUCUUACAGAUCCUCUAGGUCCCCGAGAUCUUCUUCAUCUCGUUCUUCAUCCCCCUACAGCAAAUCACCUGUCUCUUCCAAAAGACGCGCAUCUCUGGAAAAGCAGGCAAAGAAAACUGAAGGGGCUCCUUUGCAAGACAGUCCCUUGAAAAAUAAAUCACAAGAUGAACAGAAAGAUGCGUUUGAACAUGACCCAUCUGAAUCUCUUGACGAUUUUAACAAAUCAGCAGCAGCUUCUGGCGACAUUUGGCCUGGCCUUUCAGCGUAUGAUAACAGUCCAAGGUCACCCCAUAGUCCUUCUAUUGCCACCCCACCUAGUCAGAGUUCAUCUUGCUCCGAUGCCCCUCUGCUUAGCACAGCCCACUCAGCAAAGGACACACCUCAGCAUUCCCAUUCCAUUCAGCAUAGUCCUGAGAGAUCUGGCUCUGGUUCUCUUGGAAAUGGUUCUAGCCGCUAUAGUCCUUCUCAGAAUAGCCCAUUGCAUCAUAUCCCAUCGAGGAGAAGCCCUGCAAAGACAAUCCCAUCACAGAGUGCCCCCCGUGAGGAGGCUCGAGUGCGGUCGUUUUAUCCUGAGGGUGGUGAACAAGAAACUGCAAAAGGUGGAAAGUUUAUGAAAAGGUACACAGAUGAAGAGUCUAGAGUAUACCUGCUUGAUAGGGGUAAUACCAGGGAGAAGGAGGCCCAAAAGGAGAGAGGAUCAGAAAAAGGGAGGACAGAGGGAGAAAGGGAAUGGGAGGAACAGGAAACUUUAGAUUUUUUCGUUGAUAAAGAGACUGGGAAGGAAAAGUUUAAUGACUCUGAAGGGGAGGACACAGAGGAGACAGAGGAUUACAGACAGUUCAGAAAAUCUGUCCUGGCAGAUCAGGGUAAAAAUUUUCCUACUGCAUCUCACCGGAAUGCUGAGGAGGAAGGAACCAAAUACAAAUCUAAAAUAUCAAUCAAGGGCAGUAGAGAGAGCGAUGGAUUUAGAGAUGAGAAAAGUUAUAAGCUUAAAGAGACUGGCUAUGUAGUGGAAAGGCCUAGUGCAACAAAAGAUAAGCACAAGGAAGAAGACAAGAGUUCUGAGAGACUAAUGAUGAAGAAAGAAACUCAGUCACCUGAGCAGGUAAAGUCUGAAAAGCUCAAAGAACUCUUUGAUUACAGUCCUCCUCUACACAAGAAUCUGGAUGCGAGAGAAAAAUCCACCUUCAGAGAGGAGAGCCCACUUAGGAUCAAAAUGAUAGCCAGUGACUCCCAUCGUCCUGAAGUUAAACUCAAAAUGGCACCAGUACCUCUUGAUGAUUCCAAUAGACCUGCUUCCUUGACUAAAGACAGGCUGCUUGCCAGCACACUUGUCCAUUCCGUCAAGAAGGAGCAAGAAUUCCGAUCCAUCUUUGACCACAUUAAGUUGCCACAGGCCAGCAAAAGCACAUCAGAGUCAUUUAUUCAGCACAUUGUGUCCUUGGUUCACCACGUCAAAGAGCAAUACUUCAAGUCGGCUGGAAUGACGCUAAAUGAGAGGUUCACUGCGUAUCAAAAAGCAACUGAGGAGCACUGCACCCGACAAAAGAGCCCAGAAAUACAUAGGAGGAUUGACAUCUCUCCAAGUACGCUGAGGAAGCAUACUCGUUUAACAGGUGAAGAGAGAGUCUUUAAGGAAGAAAGUCAAAAAGGAGAUAAAAAAUUAAGGUGUGAUUCUGCUGAUCUUCGGCAUGACAUUGACCGACGUAGAAAAGAACGAAGUAAAGAGCGAGGAGACUCAAAGGGUUCCAGGGAAUCCAGUGGGUCAAGAAAGCAGGAGAAAACUCCAAAAGAUUACAAGGAUUACAAAUCUUAUAAAGAUGACAGUAAACAAAAAAGAGACCAAGACCGUGCUCGGUCCUCCCCAUCUUCCUCCCCAUCUUCUUCCUCAUCCAGUUCUCGAGAAGAAAAGGAUUGCAAGAAAGAAAGAGAUGAAGAGUUCAAAACCCACCAUGAACAGAAAGAAUACUCUGGCUUUGCAGGAGUCAACAGGCCAAGAGGCACCUUCUUUCGAAUUAGGGGCAGAGGAAGAGCCAGAGGAGUCUUUGCUGGAACAAAUACUGGUCCCAGCAACUCAAAUACUACUUUUCAGAAGAGACCGAAGGAAGAGGAAUGGGAUCCUGAAUAUACCCCAAAAAGCAAGAAAUACUUCUUGCACGAUGACAGAGACGAUGGUGUGGAUUAUUGGGCCAAAAGAGGAAGAGGUCGUGGUACUUUCCAGCGUGGCAGAGGGCGUUUUAACUUCAAAAAGUCAGGUAGCAGUCCGAAGUGGACACAUGACAAAUAUCAAGGGGAUGGGAUUGUGGAAGAUGAGGAAGAAACAAUUGAGAAUAAUGAAGAAAAGGACAGACGCAAAGAGGAAAAGGAGUAACCCAGAAGAAAGUUGUAGCUGAAAGAGCAGCUCUUGCACCACCCACACAACAUUUUUAAUAUGUUUUUUUGUUGUCAAAUGAAUGUAAGCAUUUUACUUAAAUUUUACUGUUGGAAAGUAGUUUAGAGAGAUUGUUUUCGUUUUAAGCCUUUAGAAAAAAAUCAUGAUAUAGUAAACUAUGUUAAUGAUCGUACAGGUAGAAAGUAAAAUAUUUGUAACAACUUUUAAGAAAUUUUACUGUUUGUUAUAUGCAGUGUAAUUCUGCUUUGUCCAAAUACAUGGUCAAGUACAACUCUAAAAGUUUUGAUUCUCCCCUAUGUCUGUGUUUUAUUCUGAAGUAAACUUACAGCUCUGCACACCUGAAA